CUACAAUAUUGUUGAUAGCUAAUUACGUGAUGUCAAUCUGCAAUACCCUGCAAUCGAGCUAUGUUUGCCUCUAGCUUAUUGUAUUAACACCGGACACUUAGACAACAGGAACUGCGUUGUUUUACGGUUUGCCUGAGGCUGUAUCGAGGUUUAGCUAAAAUGACCUUCUCUGACAUGAGUCAAACGCGUACGUAAAACGUCAUCUUAAUUUAAUCAGUAUCUGUCCUCUUAAUGUCUGUAACGGUGUAGUGAGCGUGACACAAAUUCUUCUCAAGCCUAUCAUGGACCCCACACCCAGUCCUUUAGCCCGCGUUGGGCAGGUGUUUUGGGUAGUUUUGAGAUUUGUCACAGGAGCUGUGCAACGAUAUUUAAUACCAGAGCCUGCAAACACAGGAAAUGAUGACACGCACACAGGACAGGAAGCCACAAUCUCUGUGGCAACUGAGACACAGGAAUGGACAGGGGGUGACAAAGAUAAACGAGAAAAUAUUGAGGGGGCAGAGAAAAAGAUGAAAAAAGACAGAGAGAGUGUAGCAGACACUCAUGACAGUUGGACAGAUGAACCAACAACCGAAAGAGAAAAGAAAGCUAAAGGUCCUCAGUUCACCAAUGAGAAAAAUGAGAGCGAGAGCGAAACACAUGGCAGCAUUUCAAACUGUGGUGUGCAGACACAUGAGGAUAUUAUCUAUGGAGCUGACACAGAAAUGGGUGGAGAGAGACAAACAGAAAAAGAGACUGGGUCUCAGAAAUACAGGGAAAUAGGGAAGGCUUUCAAUACAAGAGAUACUAGCACGGGGAGGGGAAAUAAAAUCUUAAGAGAGGAAGAAUCAGGAUGGAAUUUAGAAGGUGAAAGGACAAUAACAGAUGUUUUAGGGAAGGAAACAGAAGGAGGAUCUCUACAGAGAACAGAUGGUGAUAAAAAAGAUCAAUCAGAAUGCAGAGUGAGAAAAUUAGAAACAAACUGGGAUGAAGGAAACAAAGUCACAAUACAGGAAGAGAGAGAGGGAGAAGGUGAGAAUUCUGAAAGUAAAAUUGAAAUUGAGACAGGAGAGAAGAUUGAAAACAGUGAAGGUGGAUGGAUAGAUGUACCCACAAAAGAACAGCAAAUGCAGAAAUCAGAAAGAGGACAAAAUGGAAACAGUGCUUUGGGGAGACAAAUAGGGGCAUCCAAUAAGGAUGGAGUCAUUACAGACUUAGAAAACACUGAGCUCAGUCAGACAGAAGUCACAGUGGGAAACAAAGGAAAUGAAAGCAUAGAAUACAGUGAGGAAGAUGAAAUUAAAAGCAUUGAAAUUAGAAAAAUAGAGACUGAAAACAGAGAAUUCAAGGAAAUAGCGAAAGAAUGUGGGGUGGUUACAGGAGAAAAAGAAAACAAAAAUCUAAUGGCCAAAAGAGAGGAAGAAGAAACCAAAACAAUGAGAGAAGAAAAGAAAGAGCAUGAAAGACACGUGAUUACAGAACUAUUCGUGGGCCAGGGAAACAGGGGGAUGGAGAUGGAAGGUGGACCAGUGAGUGAAGAGGAAGAUGCUAAGGAGGAAACAGAGGUGGAGGAAGAAGAGAGAUUGAUUUUAAUGGAAGCGACUGGUGGGAAGAAUACAAAAGAAGUUGGAGAGCAUGAAUAUAGUGGGGAAAUGGAAGUCGAUAUGUGGGGUACUGAGGAGAAAGUAGAAGAAAUAGAAGUGAGACCAGAGCUUUUGGUGCCAAUACCUGUUGAAAGAAAUGACAAAGAUGUGCUGAAUGAAGAAACCGAUUCAGAUGUGGAAGAUGACUAUUUUACAAAGGAAACUGAGACAGAUAAAGAUGCAGAUGAAAAGGAUCUGGGGAUACUCAGUACAGAUGAAGAUGAGAGAAUCACAGACAUCGGAAGAAAUGAGAACAGCUUCAUAGAAAUGACAGUGACAAACAAAGAACAAGAACAAAGACAAAGUGAAGGAUGCAGUGAGAACAAAGACAUGGAAAGUGUUGAAAUUUGGAAAACUGAGACUGAAGAGAAAGACUUAAACACAAGUUUAGGAGAGACAGAGAGGGAAAAAUCUACAGCUGAAAUAGAGAAAGAAGAAACAAUUUGGGAGGAAGGCAAGAGUAGAGGAGAAAUGGAAGAGGAGGAAGAGGAGAAGGACAUAAAAACACACAUUGAAGAAGUAUGUCACAAAGGAGCUCUGGAACAACUUGCUUUUGAAGAGGGGGGUGAAUUUACAAAAGAAGGAUGGAAGGAAGACAUUGAAAGAGAGAAAAGAAGGAGUAGCAAUGGAGUGCAAGAAAAUGUAAUACUUGAUGGAGACAGACAAGGAAGAAAGGACGAUGAAGGGAUAAGUGUGGAGGAAGAAAGACAGUUUUCUGAAUUCAUGACAGAGGGAAAGCAGGGAAACAGGGGGGAUAAUUUAAACCCAACAGUAGAGAUGGAGGGUGGACCAGUGAGUGAAGAGGAAGAUGCUAAGGAGGAAACAGAGGUGGAGGAAGAAGAGAGAUUGAUUUUAAUGGAAGCGACUGGCGGGAAGAAUACAAAAGAAGUUGGAGAGCAUGAAUAUAGUGGGGAAAUGGAAGUCAAUAUGUGGGGUACUGAGGAGAAAGUAGAAGAAAUAGAAGUGAGACCAGAGCUUUUGGUGCCAAUACCUGUUGAAAGAAAUGACAAAGAUGUGCUGAAUGAAGAAACCCAUUCAGAUGUGGAAGAUGACUAUUUUGCAAAGGAAACUGAGACAGAUAAAGAUGCAGAUGAAAAGGAUCUGGGGAUACUCGGUACAGAUGAAGAUGAGAGAAUCACAGACAUCAGAAGAAAUGAGAACAGCUUCAUAGAAAUGACAGUGACAAUCAAAGAACAAGAACAAAGACAAAGUGAAGGAUGCAGUGAGGACAAAGACAUGGAAAGUGUUGAAAUUUGGAAAACUGAGACUGAAGAGAAAGACUUAAACACAAGUUUAGGAGAGACAGAGAGGGAAAAAUCUACAGCUGAAAUUGAGAAAGAAGAAACUAUUUGGCAGGAAAGAGAGAGUCGAGGAGAAAUGGAAGAGGAGGAAGAGGAAAAGGACAUAAAAACACACAUUGAAGAAGUAUGUCACAAAGGAGCUCUGGAACAACUUGCUUUUGAAGAGGGGGGUGAACUUACAAAAGAAGGAUGGAAGGAAGACAUUGAAAGACAGAAAAGAAGGAGUAGCAAUGGAGUGCAAGAAAGUGUAAUACUUGAUGGAGACAGACAAGAAAGAAAAGAUGAUGAAGGGAUAAGUGUGGAGGAAGAAAGACAGUUUUCUGAAUUCAUGACAGAGGGAAAGCAGGGAAACAGGGGGGAUGAUUUAAACCCAACAGUAGAGAUGGAGGGUGGACCAGUGAGUGAAGAGGAAGAUGCUAAGGAGGAAACAGAGGUGGAGGAAAAAGAGAGAUUGAUUUUAAUGGAAGCGACUGGCGGGAAGAAUACAAAAGAAGUUGGAGAGCAUGAAUAUAGUGGGGAAAUGGAAGUCGAUAUGUGGGGUACUGAGGAGAAAGUAGAAGAAAUAGAAGUGAGACCAGAGCUUUUGGUGCCAAUACCUGUUGAAAGAAAUGACAAAGAUGUGCUGAAUGAAGAAACCGAUUCAGAUGUGGAAGAUGACUAUUUUACAAAGGAAACUGAGACAGAUAAAGAUGCAGAUGAAAAGGAUCUGGGGAUGCUCGGUACAGAUGAAGAUGAGAGAAUCACAGACAUCGGAAGAAAUGAGAACAGCUUCAUAGAAAUGACAGUGACAAACAAAGAACAAGAACAAAGACAAAGUGAAGGAUGCAGUGAGGACAAAGACAUGGAAAGUGUUGAAAUGAGAAAAACUGAGACUGAAGAGAAAGACUUAAACACAAGUUUAGGAGAGACAGAGAGGGAAAAAUCUACAGCUGAAAUCGAGAAAGAAGAAACAAUUUGGGAGGAAGGAGAGAGUAGAGGAGAAAUGGAAGCAGAAGAAGAGGAAAAGGACAUAAAAAUACACGUUGAAGAAGUAUGUCACAAAGGAGCUCUGGAACAACUUGCUUUUGAAGAGGGGGGUGAACUUUCAAAAGAAGGAUCGAAGGAAGACAUUGAAAGAGAGAAAAGAAGGAGUAGCAAUGAAGUGCAAGAAAUUGUAAUACUUGAUGGAGACAGACAAGAAAGAAAAGAUGAUGAAGGGAUAAGUGUGGAGGAAGAAAGACAGUUUUCUGAAUUCAUGACAGAGGGAAAGCAGGGAAACAGGGGGGGUGAUUUAAACCCAACAGUAGAGAUGGAGGGUGGACCAGUGAGUGAAGAGGAAGAUGCUAAGGAGGAAACAGAGGUGGAGGAAGAAGAGAGAUUGAUUUUAAUGGAAGCGACUGGCGGGAAGAAUACAAAAGAAGUUGGAGAGCAUGAAUAUAGUGGGGAAAUGGAAGUCGAUAUGUGGGGUACUGAGGAGAAAGUAGAAGAAAUAGAAGUGAGACCAGAGCUUUUGGUGCCAAUAUCUGUUGAAAGAAAUGACAAAGAUGUGCUGAAUGAUGAAACCCAUUCAGAUGUGGAAGAUGACUAUUUUACAAAGGAAACUGAGACAGAUAAAGAUGCAGAUGAAAAGGAUCUGGGGAUACUCGGUACAGAUGACGAUGAGAGGAUCACAGACAUCGGAAGAAAUGAGAACAGCUUCAUAGAAAUGACAGUGACAAACAAAGAACAAGAACAAAGACAAAGUGAAGGAUGCAGUGAGGACAAAGACAUGGAAAGUGUUGAAAUUUGGAAAACUGAGACUGAAGAGAAAGACUUAAACACAAGUUUAGGAGAGACAGAGAGGGAAAAAUCUACAGCUGAAAUCAAGAAAGAAGAAACAAUUUGGCAGGAAGGAGAGAGUCGAGGAGAAAUGGAAGAGGAGGAAAAGGACAUAAAAACACACAUUGAAGAAGUAUGUCACAAAGGAGCUCUGGAACAACUUGCUUUUGAAGAGGGGGGUGAACUUACAAAAGAAGGAUGGAAGGAAGACAUUGAAAGAGAGAAAAGAAGGAGUAGCAAUGAAGUGCAAGAAAGUGUAAUACUUGAUGGAGACAGACAAGAAAGAAAAGAUGAUGAAGGGAUAAGUGUGGAGGAAGAAAGACAGUUUUCUGAAUUCAUGACAGAGGGAAAGCAGGGAAACAGGGGGGAUGAUUUAAACCCAACAGUAGAGAUGGAGGGUGGACCAGUGAGUGAAGAGGAAGAUGCUAAGGAGGAAACAGAGGUGGAGGAAGAAGAGAGAUUGAUUUUAAUGGAAGCGACUGGCGGGAAGAAUACAAAAGAAGUUGGAGAGCAUGAAUAUAGUGGGGAAAUGGAAGUCGAUAUGUGGGGUACUGAGGAGAAAGUAGAAGAAAUAGAAGUGAGACCAGAGCUUUUGGUGCCAAUACCUGUUGAAAGAAAUGACAAAGAUGUGCUGAAUGAUGAAACCCAUUCAGAUGUGGAAGAUGACUAUUUUACAAAGGAAACUGAGACAGAUAAAGAUGCAGAUGAAAAGGAUCUGGGGAUACUCGGUACAGAUGACGAUGAGAGGAUCACAGACAUCGGAAGAAAUGAGAACAGCUUCAUAGAAAUGACAGUGACAAACAAAGAACAAGAACAAAGACAAAGUGAAGGAUGCAGUGAGGACAAAGACAUGGAAAGUGUUGAAAUUUGGAAAACUGAGACUGAAGAGAAAGACUUAAACACAAGUUUAGGAGAGACAGAGAGGGAAAAAUCUACAGCUGAAAUCAAGAAAGAAGAAACAAUUUGGCAGGAAGGAGAGAGUCGAGGAGAAAUGGAAGAGGAGGAAAAGGACAUAAAAACACACAUUGAAGAAGUAUGUCACAAAGGAGCUCUGGAACAACUUGCUUUUGAAGAGGGGUGUGAACUUACAAAAGAAGGAUGGAAGGAAGACAUUGAAAGAGAGAAAAGAAGGAGUAGCAAUGGAGUGCAAGAAAGUGUAAUACUUGAUGGAGACAGACAAGAAAGAAAAGAUGAUGAAGGUGUAAGUGUGGAGGAAGAAAGACAGUUUUCUGAAUUCAUGACAGAGGGAAAGCAGGGAAACAGGGGGGAUGAUUUAAACCCAACAGUAGAGAUGGAGGGUGGACCAGUGAGUGAAGAGGAAGAUGCUAAGGAGGAAACAGAGGUGGAGGAAGAAGAGAGAUUGAUUUUAAUGGAAGCAACUGGCGGGAAGAAUACAAAAGAAGUUGGAGUGCAUGAUUAUAGUGGGCAAAUGGAAGCCAGUAUUUGGGGUACUGAGGAGAUAGUAGAAGAAAUAGAAGUGAGACCAGAGCUUUUGGUGCCAAUAUCUGUUGAAAUAAAUGACAAAGAUGUGCUGAAUGAAGAAACCCAUUCAGAUGUGGAAGAUGACUAUUUUACAAAGGAAACUGAGACAGAUAAAGAUGCAGAUGAAAAGGAUCUGGGGAUACUCGGUACAGAUGAAGAUGAGAGAAUCACAGACAUCGGAAGAAAUGAGAACAGCUUCAUAGAAAUGACAGUGACAAACAAAGAACAAGAACAAAGACAAAGUGAAGGAUGCAGUGAGGACAAAGACAUGGAAAGUGUUGAAAUGAGAAAAACUGAGACUGAAGAGAAAGACUUAAACAGAAGUUUAGGAGAGACAGAGAGGGAAAAAUCUACAGCUGAAAUAGAGAAAGAAGAAACAAUUUGGGAGGAAGGAGAGAGUAGAGGAGAAAUGGAAGCAGAAGAAGAGGAAAAGGACAUAAAAAUACACGUUGAAGAAGUAUGUCACAAAGGAGCUCUGGAACAACUUGCUUUUGAAGAGGGGGAUAAACUUACACAAGAAGGGUGGAAAGAAAACAUCCAAAGAGAGAAAAGAAGGAGUAGCAAUGGAGUGCAAGAAAAAGUAAUACUUGAUGGAGACAGACAAGAAAGAAAAGAUGAUGAAGGGAUAAGUGUGGAAGAAGAAAGAUGGUUUUCUGAAUUCAAGACAGAGGGAAAGCAGGGAAACAGGGGGGAUGAUUUAAACCCAACAGUAGAGAUGGAGGGUGGACCAGUGAAAGAAGAGGAAGAUGCUAAGGAGGGACCUGAAAGGAACAAUGAGGAGGUGAAACCCACUCUAAUACACUGGGACAAUAUUGAUGGCAGAGAAACAGAAGAAAGACGAACCACAAGGCUGGAUAACAAAGAGCCUGAAGGUCUAAAUGUUCAAGAAGAAAAUUUAGAAAUGAAGGAAAUUGCUGAUAAAUGGAUAGAGCUCCAUUCACCUUCUUUGGAUUUCACUGCCCAAAAGUCCCGAAUUUCUCUGAAGAACGCCCAUUCUCGCCCACCAAGGAACCCCCGUGCUCUACUCCACAAACAAUCCCUGCUGCCCACCCCCUCAAAAUUGCAGCAGUCUAGGCAGCUUAAAAUAGUUCCAAUGGCGGUAAAGCAAGGAGGUCCCAUAAUAAAAGGAUUCAAGCUGCCAGGUAUAGGUGGGGAAUUUCCUUCACUAAAGAAGACAGACAGAGGAGUCAGGGAGAAAGAAGAAGGGUUCACUGCAGAGGCCCCUGAUGCCACCAAGAUGCUGACGAGUGAGAGAGAAGACGUGGUAGGAGGCAAAGCUGUGGCGAUGGGGGGUAUUGGAGUGAAACUGCCUGGUUUCAGUGCAGAGUUUCCUGGACUGAGAAAGACAGAAAGAGGAGUGAAAAUGAGAGAGCAGGCACCAGAGAAUACAACCUCCCAUGAUAACAGCUCAGAGAGACAUGACAGUACUGGAACAGACAGCAUCAAAGGCAUUACAGUACCAGCUUUUAAACUAACAGGUUUUAGCUCCGGAUUUCCAGCACUGAGAAAGACAAAUAGGGGAGUGAAGAUAAGAGAAGGAGAAGAUACACAGUCCUAUACACAGAAUUCAGAAGUAGAAGCGAGUGCAACUGUUGUUGAUUUGCCCAAAGCCAAAUCCAAAUGGACACCACCAGGAAAACCUGGGAUUGGAAUAGGUAAUCCUUCAAUGAUGUCAGAACUCAAGAACAAGCUGAGGAAGACAGAAUAAGGGGGAAAAGUAAAAUAAGUUUAGGGUGGUUUUUGUUUUAAUGUUUCUUACUUGUGCUUGGACCCCACAAUACCUGAGUGUUUACUACUUUUUAAGAUCUCUGAAUCUUCAUGUUGAACCGACAAUGUUUUAUUUUCCCUCAUAAUAUUUUUAACAUCAUCUCUUAUGUUUCUGUAAUUCAUUAAGUAUCAUUUCAAUCCUUUUUCAGUUGUCAUGAAUUCAUGAAUAUGAAUGUAAUAUUCAACCAUUUAAACAGUUUGUUUACAAUAUACCUGUAUUCAUGUUUCCAUAAUCCGUAACUUAAUUUCAGAAUACAUUUUCAAUUUGUAAUGGUAACAA